AUGGGAGUAAAAGGACUUUGGAGCUUGUUAGAACCUGUUGCACGACCCAUAAAGCUGGAGUCUUUAAAUAACAAAAAGCUUGCUAUUGAUAUCCUUACCUUGAAACAAACGAUGCGCGAUAAAGAAGGCAAUUCGUUAAAAAAUGCUCAUUUGCUGGGAUUUUUCCGUCGAAUAUGCAAGCUUUUAUUUUAUAACAUAAAGCCGGUGUUUGUUUUUGAUGGGGGUGUACCCGCAUUGAAACGUCAAACUGUUGUUGAACGACGUAAGCGACGCGCUGGCAAAACCAAAAAUUUACAAAAAACUGCGGAAAAAAUCUUGGCAAAUCAAUUGCGACUUCGCGCGAUCAAGGAAUCCGACAAGAAAAAUGAUGAUUCCGAGCCAAACACCGAAUCACAGAGCCAGCCAGUAAUCACUGAUAACACAGUUUAUUAUGGCGAGCAUAAUUUAACCCCUGCACAACUCCAUAAACGUAAAAAAAGGGAUGAAUAUGAAUUGCCGCCGAUUAUCGGAGGAAUAGAAUCUAUGAUUCAAAAGGACGAUAUACGAUUUGCUAAUGAAGAGGAUCUCCGACGUUUUAUCGAAGAGUUUAAAGUAAACUCUGACGACAUUGAUAUCGAUUCCGAAGGAUUUCGCAGUUUACCUUUAGAAAUGCAAUUUGAAAUCGUGGGCGAAUUGCGUCUGAAAAGUCGACAGACCUCUUAUGAGAGGUUACAGAAUAUGAUCAAAAAGGCUCCGAUAUCCUUGAUUUUCUUCUGGCUGUUUACAACAAAUUUCAAAAACCAAAUAUUAGCAUUAACUCUAAUUGGUAAUAAUGCUCUCGGUAAUAAUAAGACUACUGAAUCUCCGCAACCUGUUCGUAUUGCGGCGGAAAGAAACCGAGAAUAUGUCUUGAUUAAAAAUGAUGACGGAUUUGGAGGCUGGACGAUGGGAAAAUCUAAGACAAAGCCUAUUAAACUCGAAUCUAGUUCCGAAUCCGACGAAAAUGAUGAUUGGGAGGAAGUUAAUGCAUCCAUCAUAGCAUCAGAUCUUAACGAAAAAGAAAAUUUGGAUGAUGAUGAAAACUUAGAUGAGGACGAAGACUUACUACCACCAGAAUUAUACCCUGAUACCUUGAAAGGCAAGAUUUUUGCGCUUCAUGACGAGAAAAUCGAGACAAUAAUGGCAAAAUUCAAUGCAUUCGAUAAAACUCAUGAGCCAUUAUUCUCCGAAGGACAGACUGAGGAGGAGCUCGAUUUACCUUUGGAGUCAUACUAUGCCCUUUGGGUUUCGCGUAUGCCGCCUGACUUUCGUGAUGAAUUUUCUAAUCACGAGACUUUGGUCCGCACUGCUUUAUAUGAAUGGGAUGAAGAAGAGUUAAAAUCACAAAAAUUUGUUGUCGAAAAGAAAUUAGGAAAGUUAAAAGAUGGUGACGAAAAGAAGCUAAAAAUAUUUGAAUAUUGGAGAAAUUUAUUAAGAACCACCCUUGCUUGGCGACAAAUGCGAAGUACUGACGUGAAAGAAAUUGUGAUAGAUAAGACUUCAAAAAUGGAAACAUCAGAUUCUGACUUUUUUAUUGACGAUGAUUACGAAUCAGAAGAUAAUACGAAAAAUGCACGUCACGAUAAAGAUACAUUGUUAUUAUCCAACACGAUGGAAGCUUCAAGUGUCAAUGAAACGGAUGAUUCUUUAGAAGUUGAUUCAUUUUCAAGAGAAGAACUCUCAAUGCAAUCAAAUUCAAUAGACAUUGGCUCACAAAGAAAGAACUCAGUUAAUAAUACAGAAUAUGAAGGAAAUGGAUUAGCAUCGGACGUAAACGACUUGAGUACGUCCGAUAAAGCAAACAAAAACGUUGAAAAGAUGCAGCAAGAAAUUAAUGAAUCAUCAUCUCAAUCCGUUUCAUCGAAUAAAGACAUUGAGAUUAAACGACACAUCACUACAAAUGUUAAUACUGAAAGUAAACCUGAGCUUGAUUUAAACUUAAUAAACGACAAUCAGCAGGAAGAAACCACGUCAAUCGAUAAUGAUAAUCGUAGAGAGGCCGAAACUAAUGAGAUCAAAGAAAAUGAUAAUGCAAACGCAGAUGACGUUUCAACUCAAAUGGUAGAGGAAAAUUCCGAAUUCGCACGUUUUAUGUCCCAGCUCAAGCAUAGAGACUUGAAUGAAAUACGACGAGAAUUGGAGAACGAGAUUGAGACAUUGAAUCAACAGCAAAGGCGUGAAAUGCGUGAUACCGACGAAUUAACACAAAGCAUGAUUAAUGACUGUCAACAACUAUUGCAAUUAUUUGGAAUUCCGUAUAUCGUUGCUCCAAUGGAAGCUGAAGCACAAUGCGCCGAACUCUGUCGAUUAUCAUUAGUCGAUGGCAUAGUGACCGACGACAGUGAUAUCUUCCUAUUUGGUGGCACACGAGUCUACAAAAAUAUGUUUAACCAACAACAAUUUGUAGAAUGCUUUCUGAUGCAAGAUCUUGAACAAGAAAUGAAUUUGGAUCGGGAAAAGCUUAUUCGAUUGGCAUAUCUACUUGGAAGUGAUUAUACCGAAGGAUUACCGGGGGUCGGGGUGGUUACUGCAAUGGAAAUACUGAAUGAAUUUUCCGGUAAUGAUGGAUUAGAAAAAUUCGAGGAAUGGUGGAAUAGUAAAAAGAGCAGAAAAGAUUUAAUAUUACCUGAUGAUUUUCUGAAUCGACAUGUGCGAGAGGCAUACAUUAAUCCCCAAGUUGAUGAUUCUACAAUUCCAAUCGAAUGGGGCGUCCCAGAUCUAAAUGCGCUGACGGAUUUUCUGAUGUCUAAUCUUCUAUGGGCUCAAGAAAAGAUAGAUGAAACGCUUAUACCAAUAAUACGUAAUAUGAAUCAACGGAAUGCCGAAAGUAUUAGCGCACAAAGGCAACAAACCACGAUUGAUUCCUUUUUCGAUAUGACAGUUGAUGAUUGGAAGAGAAAAGAUAAAAGAUCAGAAUCUGGAACAAGCAGCAGUUCUGAAGAGAACAAUGAUUCAGAGGAAAGUAAUCAAAGUUCAACAACACGUGCUACUCGACGGAACCUUGCCGACGAGCAGGGCAAAGCACAAGAGGAUAAUGAUGUCAAUAUGACAUCUGGUACUUCAAGUUCGGAUGAUAGUUCUGAAGAGAGUAAUAGUGAUGAUGACAAAGAUUUUUCAAUGUUAAAACGAGGACAGAAAUCAAAAACUGCAAAAUAUUCGCGGUUCUUUCCUCGACCAACUAAAAAAACUUCACGUGCAAAAACAUCAAAUUCAAACACGUCCAAGAAAUCAAUGGGUGGUAGUUCACGUGGAAGAGGACGUGGUGCCGGAAGAGGAAAAGGUACCCGAGCAAGGGGACGUGGACGCGGGCGGUCAAUAUGA